GUACAGAGCUCUUAUAACCAGUACAGAGCUCUUAUAACCAGUACAGAGCACUUAUAACCGGGGUGCACAACAUACGGCCCGCGGGCCAGAUCCGGCCCUGCAAAACUCUCGAUCCGGCUCGCCAAAUGAAGUGCUGAUGCAUUUUUAAAUAAAUGAUACUGUCACUUUAAAUUCACCGGGUAAUCCCAUGAAAUUGUGACUGAAAAGUAAAUGAUGUAAAUACAAGUUACUUCAGCGGUACCAUGUGUUUGUCCAAACCAAGUACGAGUAAACAAAGAAAAGUGGAUCUCGAGCAGAGGAAAUUUAACCCUGAAUGGACAUACAGGUAUUUUCUUGUCUGCUGUGCUUGCGACCACAUUAACCAGUUGCUUGAGACCACAUUAACCAGUUGGUGUCAGACCAACAUAUUUCUUGUUCAAGUGGAAGGUGCAUGGCCUAGAAUUUGAAGAAGCUCCCGAGUCUUGUGUUGGCUGUUGGCACCAUAGGUUGCUGCUCUGGUCGGUCUGUUUUGGUGAAAACUUAGGGCCAUAUGGGGUCUGACUGACAAACCUAGUGUACUUCUUCACUUCAACUGCUGAGAAGACACGUGGAACGACAAUCAAGAUGACUGCCCCCCAGAAGUUUUUGCUGCGUGUGAAUGUGACUACAGAUAGUGCAUGGAAGCUAACACUAACACAGCGCCCAGCAUCUAUAGAUGAAUUAAAGAGAAUUAUGCAAGAAAAGUUUAAACCCAGACUGGAUGGUGUUGACUUUUCUCUGCAAUAUGAGGACCCUGACUUUGAUGGGAUGCUGACUGUUCUUACAAAUAUUGAGGAAUUACCAGAGAAAGGAAUGCUAAAAGUGGUCCGAUCAGAAAGUGAUGAUAACUCGUCAUUGGCAAGCUCAGACACAGAGAUACUACCACACGUGCCCCUAAACGAUCGUCAGAAGCACUGGCCCAACACUUUUGUUGUCCCGGCUUUUUCUUUUGAAGUAGAGCAUGUGCUCGAAGAAGGAAACCAGGUGUAUAGAGAGUAUGGCAAAAGAUUAAAGUUAACCCGAUCUCAAACUCACUGUGUUCUGGAUAAAAUGGCUGAAACAAUCUAUAGCUACAAACCAUACCCAAAUGAAAGUCAACUGGCAAAGGCAGCAGAAGCCCUAGUUAAUGCCCAUCCUUGUCUCACAGAGCACGGUAGUCACAUUCCUUGGUAUGGCUGGAAAGUCCGCUUGACGCACAAGAUGGGGAAUUAUCGAACAAUAAUGGCCAAAUCUGGCUGUGCAGAGGUUGCUGUCAACACAGGCAGGAGGAGUAAAAACAACCCUGACAGUGCCCAUCCUCAUUCCAACAUCAAGAAAGCCAGACGUUCUGAAAUCAACUUUCUUCCUAACUUUCCUAAAGGGGAGAAUCAGACGUCCCUUGAACAGAUGAGAUUACAGGUAAUGGAAGAAAGUGAAAAGAUGGAAAUAAACCAGAUGUUCAUAGAAAAAUGCAUGCAGACAACUUUUGCUUUACGACGCCAAGAGAUUGUCAAGGGAGAUCUACUGGUAAAGGAUCUUUUGAUCAGAUGGCCAGCACUGCAGACUGAGUCACAGGUGUUUGCUGAAUUUCACCGUAUUACCAACGUGAACCUGAGGAACACGUUCUAUGCAGAGUUUGAUCGCCAUACACCGACAUUGAUUGGAUUGUACAGACAGAAGGCAUCACGCACCGGCAAGAUAGCAGAGUCGCUACAGAAGAUUCUUCGAGCCUAUGACAUUCAGGAAGAACAAGACAUCCAUGUGAGACGCAUCUUGUCUCUCCGUGCACUUUCCAUCUACCUACGAGAAGAUGACUCGGACCUCUUUAAAAGCUGCAAUCAAGACGGAGAACCAGAUGUCUCUGAGUGUCCUCUUGCUCUCCUCACUGCUUCUGAAGACAUAUUCACACCUGGCGAUGUCUCUGUUGUUGUUGAAGGGAACAUUGUUAUGAGUGAAAUUCCAAAAAUGCUUGAUGCAUUCUUACUGUUGUUUGGCCUGAUUUAUGUGUUCAAUAUCGAGUAUCCAAAAAAGCUUGAAAACACGUUUACCUUUAUCCAGAAGAUUAUGGUUUGCCUUGAUGAUCAAACGGCUCUGAAGCCAUGCCUGCUUACUCUAAAAAAUGAGCUCUUUAAAGAGUAAAACAAGUUUCCAGCUCACUGUUACUGCCAGUGCUGUCUGCAAUUUUUGUAUACAAAAUAUUUGUUACUGCACGAUGUGCCAACAUUGUUUUCUCAGGGUGCUUUUUAUAAUUGCACUUUAUUUAAAUGCACUUUGUUUUUUUUGUAAAAGCAGAGUACUGGCAAAAACAUAAAAUGUUCAGAAAAAUAUUUAUAAAGGUUCAAGCUAAAGUGAUUUUUUAUUUACAUUUUGUUUGUUUGGGCCAGUUUGGUUAUAUUUUGUUGACAAGGAAAAAUACUGGUUGUUAGUUCCAUUCUCACCAUCACACAUUAAUUUUGUAUUAAAUAAUUUAAUAAUUCAUGUUUAGAUCUCAGCCAGGAUGGACCUCACUAGGAUAAAACAAGGACUGAAGUUAGAACUAAUAAAUAAAAUUGGGAUAUGAUUUCUAAAUUACUGCAUUUCAUGCACACUAUUAAUUGAUAACCUAAGUUUUGUUAGAUUGAAAGAAUGUUGUGAAUAUUAUCACAGAAUACUGUGAAGGUCUGAUGUUUAAAAAUGUUUUAA